AUGUUACUCCGUUUCGGACUGCGCGCGCGCCCCCCCGUAACGUACGCGUCGCGCCGCGCCGUCGUACGUCCCCGCCCGUACACGCCGUUUCCCCGUAGCCCGUCGCCCCGUCCGUACCCGUACAACACUACCGCCACCUUGCCCCCCGCGCCCCCCCCGUCCCCCCGCCCGUCGCCCGUCCGCCAGCGUCCGUUCCCCGCCGUUCCCCGUACACCGUCGUGCCGUCAGGCGUGUCGUUCCGUCGUCCCACGUCCCCCGUGCCCCCGUCCAGUACGACGUUCCGUGCCCCCCCACCUCCCGCCCGUCAGCGUAUCACCCCCCCACCCAAAGCCAUGCGUCCGUACCGUACGCCGUCAAGCGUCCGCCCCCGACCAGCCUCCCCCCCGACCGCGGCCAGCCACGUCGUCGUCCCCCCACCGCGUGCACGUGGCCCUCGUCCCUCGUACGCGUCCCUCGUCCACGCGUCCCCCCCCCGUGGUAACCCGCGCGUCCCACCAGCGAUCGUCCGUGCCCCCCCCCGUACCCCCCCCGCCCUCCCCCGCGCCCCACGUAUUCACCGUCCGUCGUCGUGACGCCGUACCGUACCACCCCCCCCCCCGCGUCGUUCGUCCCGAGCAGCGUACCUCAGCCGUCCCCCACCCCACCGCCCGCCCGCGUACUCGUGCCGACGUGAGUCGUCGUCCCCGUGGCCCCCACCGUCAGCGCUCCCAGUCACCUCCUCGUCCCCCCGCCACUCGUCACGUCGCCCCAGCCCCUCGCCGCGGCCGCCGUAAGAAGAUCCCCCCGUCCCGCCGUUGCAGAAACGCCCUACCAGGCCCGUCCGUACGUCCCACGCCCCCCGCUCACGUCCGCGUCCUGCGCCCCGCCGCCGUUCCCCCCCCCCCCCGUUCCAGUCGCGCCCCCGCGCCGUACCGUCCCCCCGCCGAGCACCAGCUCUUCUGCCCCGCCGUUCUAACCCGCUCCCACGUUGGCCCGGUUUCGUCGCCCCCGCGUCCCCCUACCCGUGCGGCCCCCAACCCCCGUCGUCCCCAGUCGCGUUCGCGCGCCCGCCGCCCGCCGUCGUCGUCCGCCCGACGGUCGUUUCCCGGCUCGCUCCGGCCCCCCCCCGUCGUCGCGCGCCCCCGUGCGCGCGCGUCCGCGUCGAGUUCCCAGCCGUCCCGGCCGCCCCAGUCGGGUCACCCAGCUCCCGUCCCGUCCACACACCCGCCGAGUAACCCCGCCCGCCCCGUACCCCCCCCCCCGUACCGUACCCUCGUCGUACCCCCCGCCGUCACGUCCCGCCGUACGUCCGUCCCCGCGUCGCGUCCCGUUCCGCCCCUGUACGUUCAGCGGGCCCGUCCCGACCGCCCCGUCCGACGCCGCGCCCCCGCGCCCGUACACAACCCACCGUUCCGUCCCCGUACCUACCGUCGUACCUCAGCCGCGUUGCAGUCGUCCGCGUCCCCGACGUCUCCCGUCCCCCGCCCCGAUCCCGUCGUCGUAGUGCGUCACGCGUCGUGCCGCGCGCGCCCGUCGGCCCGUACGUCUCGUCCCGCCCCGAGCCCGUACGUGUACCCCCGGCGUCCGCGUCGCCGUUUGUUCGCCAGUCGCGUCGCGCCGCGUCACGUGUACCGCCGCUGCGCUCAGCGCCCGCCGUCGCCCCCCCGCGUCCCGGCGCGUCGUCGCGUCCGUCCGCCGUCCCCGCCCCGCCGUUACGUCCGUGUCCGUAAGCAGAAGGUCGUCGUCCGUCCGUACGUACGCCGUCCCGUCGUCGAUGCCGUAGCAGGUCCCAGCGCCCGUCCCCCGUGGGCCCCCCGUUCGCCCGUCCCCCCUCCCCCAGCGUAA